UUGGUCUUCAUCUGUCUGCAAAUAUGACAAUUAGAACAGCUCGUCCUGACCGGGGCCAACAACUCCGGCCCCGUAUACACUGCCUCAAAAAGCUGGAGACCAUGGUUGUGGAAAUGCAGGACCCGAAAAGUGGAGUGAAAGGCUCAGAGCAGAAACUCAACGUCACUACCAUCCCACAUGUGAUCAGUGGUCAGGACAUAAUUGCAUGGAUUGCCAACAAAAUGAAGACCCCAACAGAAGAGGCUCAUGUCUUUGGCACCAUGUUGGUGGCCUACGGCUACAUCUACCCCCUGCAGAACCACAAGAAGCUGGUCCUGUGCAACGACACCAGCCUCUACCGCUUCCAGACCCCGUACUUCUGGCCUACGCAGAAAUGGUUUGCAGAAGACUCUGACUAUGCCAUUUACCUGGCGAAGAGGAACAUCCGCAAGAAAGGAAUGCUAGAACCCUACGAACAGGCACAUUACAACCACCUCCAUGAAUGGCUGAACCACAAGUGGGACUUUAUUGUGAUGCAGGCCACUGAACAAUACAAGGCUGGUAAGGAGAGGAAGAAGCCGGAUCGUGUGGUGUUUGACUGCCAGGAGAGAGCUUACUGGAUACUGAACAGGCCUCCGCGCCGUACUCACAGUGCAUUGGACUGUGGUCCAGAACGUCUUAUUGAUCCCAAUGCAGAAGAGAAAAUCAGCUUUGACCAGCACAGACGCAUGAACAUUUUCUAUCAACAAGCCAUCAUGAGGUCAAAGGUCAAGUCUAGCGUGUCUCUUGGAGCAUUGGUCAAGUACAUCACAACCUACAAAAACCACGACCCGUUUCUGGCUCCGUGCCUACCCAGCAACCCCUGGCAAACAGACAGCGACGAAUACUGGACUCUCAACAUGAGAAGAGUUGAUGUCCCCACUAAGAUGCGAGUAGAGCGUUGGUCCUUCAGCUUGUUCGAGCUGCUGAGCGACCUGCGGGGCCGAGACGACUUCAAGAUCUUCCUCAAGAAGGAGUUCAGCGGGGAGAACUUGGCUUUUUGGGAAGCAGCUGAAGAACUGAAGUGGGGCACUGCAUCUUCCAUGUCCACGAAAGCUGAGACUAUCUUCAAGACCUUCUUGGCCCCUGGUGCCCCACGCUGGAUCAACAUUGAUGGCAGGACAAUGGGUCUGACGGUGAAAGGCCUGGACCAUCCUCACCGUUACGUGCUGGAAGCAGCUCAGACACACGUCUUCAUGCUCAUGAAAAAGGAUACUUUCUUCCGUUACCUCAAGUCACCGGUGUACAAAGACAUCCAGAAGAAGGCACUGAACCCCGCGGCUCAUAACUUCAGUCCGGCCCAGCUGGAGCAAAAUGCCAACAACCGAAGCCUGGGCAUCCAUCCCAUCGUCCUGUGGCAGCAGGAGGAGGAAGAAAAGGCUAAGGCUGCCGCCGCCGCCGCUCCUGUCGAUGUAAAGGCAAUGAUGAGCAAAAUAGACAGGAAGAAGUAGAGACACACACACACACACUAAGUAUCCACAUAGGUACCAGCUGCUCCUCAGAGUUCAUCCCACUAAGUGUUGCUCUGUUUUAGGGAAUUAUUUUAAAAAAUAUAUAUAUUUUUUAAAAAUUGAUGGCUACAUAUUUGAAUGAAAAUAAUCUCCUUAGGUUGUAAAUAUGAGGGCUGACAUACAACAGGCCAUAGAGACUGAAAACCUUCCCUGUUUUUUUAGAAAGUGAUGCAAUAUUUCCAGAUCAUGCUGUAAGUUCUGUUUCUGUACGAGUCCAAUCAAACCUAUAUCAUGUUAAAGACUCAGAUAUAUGAUAUGACUUUGUAUAAAAGUAAAGAAUAUUAAUAUUAAUUACACUAUUUUUUUUUUUUUUUAGAUGACUGUGUAAUAGUUAGGUUUUCCACUCAUACACAUACAAUAUUCCGCAAGAUUGUUGCUGCAGUUUGUGUGAAAAUAGGAUCAUAGUGUUUGUAUGUACUGCUGUCUGCAGCACAGAUUGAAAGCUUGAAUGUCACUCCAGUGUCUCCACCCUGGUGCGAACGAUCACACUGCUCAUAAUCAGAAUGAAUCACAAUGUCUGUAGUAGGAAAUUUGAACAGAUGAAUAUUUUUACAGGAUGUAAAUUUGGUUUCUGGCCUGAGUUUAAUAAAUGACUGAAUAAUGAA